AUGGACAGGGAGAGGUGGCAGCGAGUACUGACCCUCCUCCCCAUCUGCCUGGCUCUUGCCUUCUCCCUCACAGCCAUGGGCAGCAGCCAUUGGUGUGAGGGCAUCCGACGGAUGACAAAACCACUGUGCCAGGACCCCUUGGGGAGAGUGAACUGCAUUCAGGUCAGCCAGGCCAACAACAGCACUGGCGGGGAACACGAUGAUAGCCAGACUGUCCAGUACAUCUGGGAGAUAGGCGACGACAAGUUCCUCCUGCUCGGGUUCCAUGCAGGGCUCUGGCAGUCCUGUGAGGAAAGCCUCAACAGCACAGGCGAGCGAUGCAGAUGCUUCCUGGGGGUGGCGCCCACCGAGGCACAAGGUGUGUUGUGGCUCUCCAUUGGAGCUGAAGUCUUGGAUAUCUUCCUGAUACUGGCAGGUGUCAUCUUCCUGGGCUGCAGUGUGAGUCAUUGCCAUUCUGGAUGCAACUGGCUCAAGGUGGAUGCCUCGGUGGCCAUCCUCAUGGUGCUGGCAGGACUCCUGGGCAUGGUGGCCCACAUGAUGUACACAACUAGUUUUCAAAUCACUGUGAACCUGGGACCGGAAGAUUGGCGGCCUCAGACGUGGGACUACGGCUGGUCCUAUUGCCUUGCCUGGGGAUCUUUCUCCCUCUGUAUGGCUGUGUCAGUGGCGACCAUGAGCAGAUACACAGUCACCCAGGCAGAGAAGCCAAAGGCACAGAAAGGCGGUCCAUACCCUCAGCACAACAUCCCACAGCCUGAAGCUUCACAGCAGGUUUGGCAAACAGGAGCUGUUUCUCACCCUGUGGGACAAGUCUUCGUGAAUGUUCUUGGACACCCUCCCCCAGCUAGAGGAGGCAAAGUGUCCAUGUGCUAG